AUGGAAGAUGAUUGCGGGGAGAAGGCGGAAGCGGCAAAUCAGCCCCCCAUGGAAGAUGAUGGCGAGGAGAAGCCGCGAGGAGUGCUGAGUGCGAGCAAUGCUCUCUUUCUUGUUUGCUGGGUCGUUUCUGGUGUGGCCUACAUCGGUUCCGUGAGCGCUGAUCUGCAAUCCUUAUGGCUUCCCAUGAAGCAGCUCGUGCCUUUGUCACAAACCCGGGCCCUGGAUUUGGUGCAUGGCGUGGAUGAAGAGCGUGCGAUGAGCAAGUUCCUAGCUUCCAAGAAGCGUCUUACUGCAGCUUGCCACUGGAUCUGUUCGACAGAAAACCUUGAGCGCCUUCUGAGCUUUGCUGUCCUGGAAAAAGUUGGCCGGCGAGCCUUGUUUGGGGCACGCUUGAUCAAACUUGGUACUGUGGCUGUCAUGAGCAUAACUGAGAUGUUCUACAAGUGGGUCUUCAUACUCUGCAUACUGCUGCUCUUUUGGCUCGCUACGAUCGCGAUGCUCCAGUGUGUGGAAGAUGACUGUAUCACGUGGAGUGUGCUGCUCAUGGUCCUCUGUGUUUCCAUGGGCGGGGUCUUCAUCUUGGAACAGCACUAUCCUCUACGGUUUGGUAUGAAGAUCGUGUCCCUGAAGCACAAGUUCAAGGACCUGGAGAAUGCAAUGGCUGCUCUUGAGUCACCAGCCGAGCCUGCGAGGGCCAAGGGUGCGAAGGCACCUGCCCGGGACGGGUCCGAGGAUAUGCUUGGAUUGGCGGGCCAUGCCCAAACUGAUGAUCGGUUUGUGCGGCGAAGAUUGGAGGGAAGCUUCGAUUCUGCAGCAGAUGACAAGAACAGCAUCACGUCACCUUCUGCGGCCUCCAACAAUGAAAGCCUUGCUGCCUCACUGGACCUCAUCCCCUCAUCCCAUCCCAAGCCUACCACCCCGAAGAAGAAGAAGCGAAAGAACCCAUCACCGAAGCCAGCUUCCGAGGAGAAACACAAUUUGGAAGAGCAGCUUGCGAAGCUGCAAGCCAAGAUGGCUGCCAAGGCCAAACUCAAGGAUGAGAUAGCAAAGCCCGCAAAUUCGAGAGAGGAGGAGGCUUCUGAGGAGGCCUCUGAGGAGGCAAGUGAUCAUGAUGAUGAGAAAGGAGGCCAGUCCGAGGUGACGAGGUUUGUCGAACGCGAGAAAGCCAAGACAAGUGAGAUCCUGGCUGGAUGGUAUACGGAUGUCGUGGACUACUGCAAGGACAAGCCAAACCUCAAGAGGAAGUACAUGUACAACACGAAGAAGUUCCAGUAUUGGGUGGAGAGUUCCUGGACAGGAAAGCUCACAAAAUCGACGAGGGAGGUUACCAGGAACGAAACAAGUGGAACAGGUACUGAGGUUCCUCCAGAGGCUGCUGCGGCAUUGCCAGAUGUUGGUGAUUUGGGCAGCUGGGACCAGGAUGAGCAAAGCACAAAGCCGGAGGAUGAGAAGGCCAAGCGCAUGGAAGAAGAGGAGGAUCACCAACUUCUAUUCUUUUGGAGUAUCCAUGCACCAUAG